UUGACUUCUGCUGCAGAUGGGUUGAUUUCCAUCAAAACUACCAGCAUUAGUGAUAAUAAGAUAUAUCAUUAUCACUUAAAUCUUAGAGGAAGUGUUUCUGCCAGAAGGCUGACUAGGCUACCUUCAAUUCCUAAGAAUGAUGCCAAGUUCAGUGGCACCGAAGUAUGUCUGUCCAUUUCUGAGACUAUUGAUGCCUUGCUGAACGAUAUCAAACACUACUUUCAGAAGAUGCUGAUUCUAAAGAUCCCCAGUGUAGCAGCUGAACUGGUGAUUGAACGAGGGGAUGCUUCUGGGUUGCGAUGUCAAAAUGUCUUUUUACCUAAUGAAUGCAGCCCUUUGAACUUUUCAAGCUCCAAUGUUGAAAGACUAAAGUCUGGCCUUGAAGAAUAUGUUUUGAAGCACAGAAAUAGCUUAAACAAUAAAUGUGAUUCUUGCUUCUGCAGUAGGGAGAAACUUAAGAUCAGUAGUGGAGUAGCACGCAGCAUGGAAAGCCAUAGGAGUCCCGGACUAAUUGUGGAAGCAGUAAUUGCAAUAAGUGAACAUUCGGAAUCUCUUUGCUUCAGGUCAUCCGGCAACAAAACAGAGGUUUUGCAUUUUAAAGAUUUCUCACCAAGUUCAGUAUCCAUUGCAUCCCUCAAUGCAUUGACUAGCAUUGACUGGAGAAGUUAUGGGUUAACGUUGGUGAGUGCUGUGGAUCAAGUUGACCAUGCACUGAUAGAGUGGGAAAGUUUACCCCCUUAUCUUCAUAUAGAUAUGGUGAUACACUGCUAUCAUAAACAGGUCAUAACAUUUCCUGGAAAAUGUAAAUAUCAACCUGACCGGCAUCUUAUUAAAAAGGGAGUGAAACUUGCCUUGGAUGAUUUGAAGGAGAAACACACCGGACUUCUUCUUAGUGCACAUGCCGUGAAGAUUUGCAGUUAUGCCCCAGACCUUGCAAGCUCAAUUGCUGGCAUCAUCUUGUCAUCUAAUGAUGUGAAGUUCCGAAGCAAAUGCUCCUUGCUUCUUGAACUAUCUCAGUCUCAAGAGAUCGGAAAGCAAACCGUUGAAGAUCGUAUCAAGGAAAAGAUAAUCUCAGUCAUAGAGACAAACGAUAGGAAGCCAGAGAAAAUCAAAGAGGCUGCACCUUUUCUUUUUGAAGAUGACCGUCCCCAGGACAUAGACCCAGCCGACUUAUAUUUGGAGGAACACGAAGGAGGUGAUGAUGUUUUUAGUUUCCCAGAUUGAUUGAUAUGUUAAUACUUUAUCCUCAUGCAAUUAACCAAUUCCAUCCAGUUUCGGCAUGAUAAAAAGAACAUGCAUGCUUUGCAUAAGGCAAAGGAUCAGUCCUUACACUAUGAGUAAUAGUUAAUACAUCUCUCUUCAAUA